GGUGCCCAACUCCUCACAGCAGCUAAAGGUCUUUCUAAUCUCAAGGGAGGUGGUGAAGCCAAAACCUUGACGCCCAAACAGUGUAUAAUUAUUGAUGCAGGGCUGGAGACGAUCAAGCAAUACUUCCACGCAGGGGGAAACGGUCUGAAGAAGGCAUUUGUCGAGAAAAGUCCUGAACUGGCUUCACUGCGUUACGCCCUCUCCCUCUACUCCCAGAGCACUGAUGCUCUCAUCAAGACUUUUGUCACCACACAACACUCCCAAGUGCACGAUGGGAUGGGCAUCAGAAUCACUGGCAAUGAGAAGAUUCGACCUGACAGGGGCUCGGGGAUAGAGAAGCCCAUCGGAGAGGCCAUUCUGCAGAUCGACAUGAUGCUCGGGAAGGAGCGUAAAGUCAAUGUCAGAGUCAUCGCAGCGAACGAAAUGAAGUGGCAGACGUCAGGGAUGUUCCGGCCAUUCGUUGAAGUCUCCAUGGUCGGCCCUUUCCUGGCCGACAAGAAGCGCAAGUUCACCACAAAAUCCAAGAACAACAGCUGGUCGGCAAAGUUCAACGAGGCUUUUCAGUUUGUCCUGGGUAAGGAGUCCCCAGACUGCUAUGAGCUCCAAGUGACCGUGAAGGAUUACUGCUUUGGCCGGGCAGAUCGGGUGGUCGGCAUGGCUGUGGUUCAGCUGCGUGACGUCGCUGACCGCAAGAGCUGCGUGUGCUGGUGUCCCCUUGGACCGCGGAUUCAAACGGACGAGACGGGCAUGACGGUGAUGCGUAUCCUGUCCCAGCGGCCUGCUGACGAGGUGGCCAAGGAGUUUGUCAAGCUGAAAUCUGAAACUCGUCCUGUGGAGGAGGGCAGAUGAGCAGAGACAGACUCCAGAUCAGAGAUUUGUUGGAAAUGGUGAGAAUGUGAAACUGACAUGGAUUAGGUCAGGGUUUAGAGUCAGGGCUCGUUCACGGCUUUGUCUGGUGUUUACGGGCACUGUCAUCUUCAUCCUCAGUCAACACAGACCAUUAAAGCCUUUGUCUGAUAUUCAGCAUGGAGCACAUCCUUCAAAAGUAGACACGAGGAAGUUGACUAUUUGUUAUGGUAAGAAAGAAAUGUAUUUAAUUCGAAACAUACUUUUUGAAAAGAAGCCGCUUCUCAAAAUGUUGAAAAAGUAUUACAUUUAACCACAAUCAGCACCAAUAUCAUUACUAUGGAGGGGCAUGUGGGUUUUUAAUCUCCACUCAGUGAUAGAAAAAUAUAUAAAAAUAGUUAUAGUUCAUCAGAGAGAAACUCUAGUCUAAUGAUCUGUAGCUAAUUAAAUCUGGAUAAAAUCAAAUGUAUGUCAUCUGCUGUAUUCAUCAAAGCUGACCUCGCAAUACUAAUCCACAGCUUUUUACCAAACAUCCACUCACAGGAAUGAAUGGAUUUGUGUCUGAGUGUCUGUGUAUGAAAAGAUGCGAACAAGGCGUCCGUUUCAAACUGAAUGGACCCGAACAGGAAAUUCUGACUGCUAUUAAGUAACUAUUUAAUGAUCAUAAGUAACUAUGACAUGUGAAGAAAGUGAGUUGGGUGAAAUAAUCCCAAAUUCUUAUACUGUUUGAGCCUUUAAAGCCUUUUGACUGCGAACAAAUAUCUUGCAAUCAGUACAACUGUUGAUUCUGGUAUCCCGCACUGUUUAAAAAAAAAAGAAGAUACCAGUCAUUAACUAGCUAAUUAAUGUCACAAAAACACAUUAAAAUUAAUAAAUGUUGUACUUAGCAUGACAUGUUGCAGAGAGCUCAAGUUUUAAAGAAACAUUUAAGCAGGUAACCAGUGAAGAAACAGUUCAAAAGAACAAAAAUAAAACAGCUUCUGGUCCUUAUAAAGGGUCAUGGGUUACUGGUUUUUCAUUUAACAUGAUGGUAGAAUUAAUCAUCAGGUGUCAAAUCCUUAGAUUCAUGCCAAAUGACACCUGUAGCACCAGAUGCAUCUUAUAGCAAGAACAAGUCAUCAGGACAAAGUAGCCAGAAUGUACCAAUCCAAUGAGUGAAUGUUAUAAAACUUUUCUGGAGAGCUGACGCAUGUCUACAAGAUGCCACUAUUGUGUGUUGCCCUUUAAUGAUGAACUCCUGAAUAUAUAAAACCUUGGGAAGAAAGAAAAGAUGACAUACGAAUGACGUCGCCUUAAAAAAAAAAAAUUCUGGCUAGCUAAACUAACUAGCUCACAGUACUCAGUGGGAUUCAGAGAGACUUUUAAAUCAUGAAUGUGUUCUACAACAUUGAGUAAAAAGGCACUGAUUUUUUUCAGAAACAAAGAAUUAUGGGAAUAGUGGUUAAACUAUCUGACUGACCUCUGGACUGUGGCCUGUCAAGCAGCUUCUCUGCACUGAGAAGAAAUGUAGAGGUAUUGAAUUUAGCUCUUCUGUUUUUGCCAAGUGUCAUACUGUGACUGUGAACACUGUUUACCUGUCGACCUGCUCUGAAUGGAAACAAGCAGAAGUGGACAACCUGUGUUCAGGGGUUAAAUAGUGUAGGACCAGAAAUGGAACUCUAAGAUUUUCUUUUUGUCGACUUUUACAGUUUUAAAUUGGAUGAGACCAAAAGUCUCUGAGAUGCCACAGCCUUGCCAUGCAUGCACAUUCACUGUAACAAUCAUCUGUUUCUGAAUACCUGAUUGGUGUUUUGCAUUAGGUGCACUACAAACUUAGACUUGGAUGAAAAAUUAAACAAUGCAGGCAGGUUGUUUAACUGACUUAAAUGUGACUGGGUUUGAUCCAAACUCUUGUCUGUUUACUAUGUGCCAAGGAACGCAAGUGUUCAGUGAGCCACGUUCAACUAGCUCUCUUCACGUAUUUUGGGCUGUUUGUGGACAGAUGUGGCCGUUGUAGAUGUCCCACUUACUUACACAUUUGCCAAAACUAGUUACACUGUGGCUCCAAACUCAAGAAGAUCUGUUUGGUAGAUGAGAUAGUCUGGAAAUUAGUUUAGAGUUUUGGCUUUGGUUCUGCUGUACUAAACUGAACAAAGAGGGGGGUGUAGACAAUGGCCACAACUGUAGUGACAGUUGAACCCUGUUUAAAACUGUAAGUUUGUAAAAAAUAAAAUAAAAUAAAAAGCUAAUGACCAGAGCAUGUAAUUAUUGUAUACAAAGUCAGCUAGAAUUGUGAUUUUUUUUUUUCAUGUAUGUACUGUGAAAUAUGAAGAUUGAUCAAAUGUAUGUAAAGUAGUUAACAUUAUUCUAAUGUGACAUAUGUUGAAUAUACUUGUAACAAUAUUUUGUAUAUAAAACAUUUAUGAAUCAA